AUGAGGAUUACACAAAAUAUAUACGGCCAAUGUCUUGGAGCAUCUGGACCACUUGGUGGUAGUUAUGGCUUGAACUACGCCGGCGUCUCACCAGCCGCUGCAGCUGGCUUGGCUGCUCCCUACGGCUUAGGGGCCGGUCUGGCAGCUUCUCCCUUUGGACUCUCACCUGCCGCUAUAGAGCUCGGGGUGUUUGGACCCUAUGGUGUGUCACCUGCAGCCGUUGAAGUUGCAGGAGCAUAUGGAGGCGCUGGUAUCGGAGAUGUUGUUGUCGUGGGUGAGAUGCCAGCCGCUGGUAGUGUGUCCAUUGCUGGUAGCUGCGGAUGUGGGUGUAAUGCUGCAUAUCUUUAU